UAGCGACAGAAUUGUGAUGAUGCGUAUUGAGAGCGCCGCCCACUAGCCCCUGUUAGCAGCGAUUCCGCAAUGGAAUCAAACCGGGACGAAGCGGAGCGCUGCAUUGCCAUCGCCCUGGGUGCCAUCAACAACCAGAACACCGAAAAGGCCAUCCGCUUCCUAGAGAAAGCCCAGAAACUAUUCCCCACGGUUGAGGCCCGAGAGCUCCUAGAAUCCCUCACGAAAAACAGCCAUCCUAACGGCACCCAGUCCGACAGCACAGAACCUUCAAGUCCUCGUCGACGGAAGAAUGCAAGUGACUCCACUCCUUCUGCCAACGGGGAGGCUGGGGGUGAUACUGGCAAGACCUAUACGCCAGACCAGCUAGAGGCAGUAAAAAAAAUAAAACAAUGUAAAGACUACUAUGAAAUUUUGGGUGUGACCAGAGAUGCUACAGAAGAGGAUCUGAAGAAAUCUUACCGAAAGCUAGCACUGAAAUUUCACCCAGAUAAGAACCGCGCCCCUGGAGCUACGGAGGCUUUUAAAGCCAUUGGGAACGCCUAUGCAGUGUUAAGCAACGCAGAGAAAAGGAGGCAGUAUGACCAGUUCGGAGAAGAAAAGGUUAGUGCCUCAAGACAUGGGCACUCCGAUUUCCACCGAGGGUUUGAAGCAGACAUCUCUCCUGAAGACCUCUUCAACAUGUUCUUUGGUGGUGGAUUCCCUUCUAGUAAUGUUCAUGUAUACAGUAAUGGACGGAUGCGUUUUGCACAGAGGCAAGACAGGCGAGAUCACCAAGCAGAGGGUAGUUUUGGAAUGUUUGUUCAGCUGAUGCCCAUUCUAAUCCUCAUCAUAGUCUCUGCCCUCAGUCAAAUGAUGGUGUCCAAUCCACCUUACAGCCUGAGCCAUCGACCGUCUGUUGGUCACAUAAACAGAAGGGUCACUGAGCAGUUGAAGGUCCCUUACUUUGUAUCAGAUAGUUUUGAUGAGGAGUACACUGGGUCAAAUUUGAGAAGCGUAGAGAGGAGUGUAGAAGAAGACUUCAUAGCAAACCUUAGGAAUAACUGCUGGAAAGAAAAGCAACAGAAGGAAGGAUUGCUGUACCGAGCUCGUUACUUUGGGGACUCUGACCUGUACCAGAGAGCACAGAGGAUGGGCACUCCAAGCUGUAAUCGACUGAGUGAAGUUCAAGCCUCAAUGCAUGGCUAGUCCUUGCUUAGAAAGCACAGAUUUUUGAAGUAGCUGAAAUCUUUUGGCAGUUCCUAACAAACCAGGAGGACGAGCUAAAUGAAAACCACCUUUACUUCUUCACUCCCGGAGGGACUUUCAGCUCAUUGAUCGCUAAAACUUUGCAGGCCCCGAUAACAAUGGAAAUAUAUAUACAUAAAAAAAACUUUUAGAAAUGUCAACGCACAACACCUCUGACGUUAUUUGGCUUAGUUCAAUGUUAGGACCGGAUUGAAAAGCUGAUUUUUUUUCCUUUACAGAAUUUCUUCUGCUACCCAUGCACUGGUACCUUCAUUAUAACCCUUCUGUAUAUAGGAUGUAACACAAUUGUCAUGACAGUUUGCCAGGAAAAAUACUCUUUAUCACAAGUCUGGAUUUGCCACGGGACAGAGGCCUGAUUUACUUCUUUAAACUGUACUGAAAUCAGAAGACUUUUAGAACAAAGGAAAACAUUAUAGCAAGAAAAAAAGAAAUCUAUUUAGAAUUAAUUUAUAGCUGUAUAUAUAUUGUACUUUUAAAGCAAAAUAAUUAUGCAGGCAUUGGAUUACAUCUCUUAGCCAGUGUUCUGCCCUGAUAAUUAAAACUGUUGUGUGAAAUCUUCUGUGUAUUGGCAAGUGACCAAGACCUGGGUCUUUCAUAUUUAAAAUAAUUGCAUCUGAUGGAAUAUAUUUAAUAAAUCUAGAGACAUUUUAAA